UGCUGCUUCUCUAGUUGGUUGUGUGAUGGGAAUGGGCGUGAAGGGGAGGGAGGAGCAGCCUUUAAGGACAGAGUGGCCUGAGUCACAGGUAGCGGAAUCAGAGGGACCACAGGACUAAGUGUGUGGACUGAAUAUAUACAGCCCUGAAGGAUGGCUACUGUGUUGGGGGAUGCCAUCAUGGUGGCCAAAGGCCUUGCCAAGCUGACCCAGGCAGCUGUGGAAACCCACCUGCAGAACCUGGGCCUUGGUGGGGAGCUCAUCUUGGCCGCCAGAGCCCUGCAAUCUGCAGCUGUGGAGCAGAUCAACAUGGUCUUCGGGACUGUGCAGGGUCAGGAUAAGCAUGAAGAUUCAUAUGCCACCGAGAACUUUGACGAUCUGGAAGCCGAAGCUCAGUUUUCAACACCACAGGCAGCUGGAACCUCCCUGGACUUCUCUGAAGCCUCUUCCCUGGACCAGUCACUGUCUUCAUCCCUGGGCCAUGCCCACAGUGAGGGCCCAGCUCCUGCCUACGUUCCUAGUGGACCUUUCAGGGAAGCCGGGCUCUCUGGACAGGCCACCUCUCCUAUGGGCAGAGUCAGCGGAAGGCUCUUGGUAGACUACAGAGACUUGUUCUUGGCCAAUGGCAUCCAGCGAAGAUUCUUCCACCAGGACCAGUCCCCUGUGGGAGGCCUCACGGCUGAAGACAUUGAAAAGGCCCGGCAGGCCAAGGCUCGCCCUGAGAGCAAGCCGCACAAGCAGAUGCUCAGUGAGCGGGCUCGGGAGCGGAAGGUGCCAGUUACCCGGAUUGGGCGGUUGGCCAACUUUGGAGGUCUGGCUGUAGGUCUGGGAAUCGGGGCUCUGGCUGAAGUUGCCAAGAAGAGUCUGCGUUCUGAGAACUCCACAGGGAAGAAAGCCGUGCUGGAUUCCAGCCCCUUCCUGUCAGAGGCGAACGCAGAGCGCAUUGUGAGUACACUGUGCAAGGUGCGUGGGGCUGCACUGAAGUUGGGCCAGAUGCUGAGCAUCCAGGAUGAUGCCUUCAUCAACCCUCACCUGGCCAAGAUCUUCGAGCGGGUGAGGCAGAGUGCUGACUUCAUGCCACUGAAACAGAUGACGAAAACCCUCAACAAUGACCUGGGUCCCCAUUGGAGGGACAAGCUGGAGUACUUUGAAGAGCGGCCCUUCGCAGCUGCCUCCAUAGGGCAGGUGCACCUGGCCCGCAUGAAGGGUGGCCGUGAGGUGGCCAUGAAGAUCCAGUACCCUGGUGUGGCCCAGAGCAUUAACAGUGAUGUCAACAACCUCAUGGCUGUGCUGAACAUGAGUAACAUGCUUCCAGAAGGCCUGUUCCCUGAGCACCUGAUUGACGUGCUGAGACGGGAGCUUACCCUUGAAUGUGACUACCAGCGGGAGGCUACCUAUGCCAAGAAGUUCAGGGAGCUGCUGAAGGACCACCCCUUCUUCUAUGUGCCUGAGAUUGUGGAUGAGCUGUGCAGUCCCCAUGUGCUGACCACAGAGCUCAUAACAGGCUUCCCCUUGGACCAGGCAGAAGGGCUGAGCCAGGAAGUGAGGAAUGAGAUCUGCUACAACAUUUUGGUGCUGUGCCUGAGGGAGCUGUUUGAGUUCCAUGUCAUGCAGACAGACCCCAACUGGUCCAAUUUCUUUUAUGACCCUCAGCAGCACAAGGUGGCUCUCCUGGACUUUGGGGCAACUCGAGAAUAUGACAGAUCCUUUACUGACCUCUACAUUCAGGUCAUCCGGGCUGCUGCUGAUCAGGACAGGGAGGCAGUGCUGAAGAAAUCCAUAGAGAUGAAGUUCCUUACUGGUUACGAGGUCAAGGCCAUGGAGGAUGCCCACCUGGAUGCCAUUCUCAUCCUGGGGGAGGCCUUUGCCUCAGAAGAGCCCUUCGACUUCGGCACCCAGAGCACUACUGAGAAGAUCCACAACCUCAUCCCCGUGAUGCUGAAGCACCGCCUCAUCCCGCCACCAGAGGAGACCUACUCUCUGCACCGCAAGAUGGGUGGCUCUUUCCUCAUCUGCUCCAAGCUGAAGGCCCGCUUCCCCUGCAAGGCCAUGUUCGAGGAAGCGUACAGUAACUACUGCAGGAUGAAGUCUGGGCUGCAGUAGGUGAGGCGUGGGCCAGGCUAACUAGGGAUUGUGCCCUCCUGCAGGCUCAGCCAAGCAGAGGGAGGGUGUUGAAAGGGAGCCACAGCCUGUGAGUAGGAAGAGAGCAUUGCAUAGACCCUCCUACUGUUUCUGUACUGUCCAGACAAAAGGGCAGGCUUCUUUUGCCAUCUCUCCCUGCUGUGGAUGUACAGCCAGGAGCAUGGAGCCAUGCAGUACUAAACUCAAGCCAGCCACCUUUGGGGUCUAGUUGGCCAUACAGAAUGAAUUGUGUGUUUCUGGGUGAGCUUACGUCCUUGCCCUUUGCCACCUCAGCCUGUGGCCUGGAACUAGAAGUUCAGGACAGUAGGGUAGCCACCCUAGUUCAGUCUCAGCAUGGACAACGGACCCUUUUAAAAGCAGGGCUCCAACAUGUCCCAGGAGAGGUAGUUACUACCCCACCCCAGGGGAAUUAACACAGGCUCUUGUUUGUAUGUCUUGUAAUUACACAUUUAUACCUUUGCAUUCAAUAAAGAAGUGUAUUGGGGACUGCCA